AUGAGUGGCCAAGAAUUAACAAACACAGAAUUAUUUGAUAAACUAUCCCAAGUAAUACUAACGGAAUCAUCGAAAACCAAAUCUGAAUUGAAAGAGGAAAUUCAGAAAGAAAAUAAAAAAAUUUUGGAUAGCUUACUACUACAGGAAACCAAAAUUGAACAACUCGAAAAAACCAGUCGCAGUUUGGAACUCAACCACAAGCUGAGUGACAGGAAGCAACGGAGAAACAACUUGAUCAUAUUUGGGUUGGAAAUACCUGAACGAGAAAAUCUGAUAGACUUUGUUUUGAAAAAAGUUGAUGACUUACUUGGUGUCAACAUUCUCCCAAAUGAUAUAAAUAAUAUUUUCUCGUUUGUGACUUCACAAAAAAGUAAAAUUGCCGCUAAAAUUGAAUUCAUCUCAUAUUUAAAGAAAAUAUCUGUUUUGCAAGAAGUUGGAAAACUGAAAGGCACGCAGAUAUUUAUCGCCAACGAUCUGAGUUAUGAUGAUAGACAGGAGCUGAAGGUUUUACAAGAAUAUUUGAAACUCGCGCGAUCUAAAAAUUUGAAUGCGAAGAUUCGAGGACUGCGACUACACAUUGAUGAUACCUCGUAUACUGCGACAGAAGUAAAGAAUCUUGAUAUAAAUGCAUUUAGUUGCGUUGUAGACGAUAAUCAACGAUUAUCACAGUCUACCAAUGAUGACCUUGCUGAUGGAGAAACCUGA